UGCUUGUCCAGCCCAUGUACCCACGGGAUGUGUGUGGAUGGAGUCAACUCUUACAGCUGUAACUGUGAGGCAGGAUGGACUGGGGACAACUGUGAUACAGAUAUCGACGAAUGUAGCUCCAACAAUGGACGUGGUCCGUGUGAACAACUUUGUACCAGCACACCUGGCAGCUUCACUUGCUCCUGUAAUGAUGGUUAUGUCCUGAACCAGGAUGGGCUUCAUUGUGACGACAUAGACGAGUGCACUGAAGGUGCCGACAACUGUGACACCCAGGCUACAUGUACCAACACUGUGGGGUCCCACAACUGUACCUGCAAUACAGGAUACACUGGGGAUGGGGUGGUGUGUGCAGACAUAGACGAGUGCACUACCGAUACCGACAACUGCAACACCCAGGCUACAUGUACCAACACUGACGGGUCCUUCAUCUGUACCUGUAAUAAAGGAUACGCUGGGAAUGGAGUUACGUGUGCAGAUGUAGAUGAAUGCUACACCAAUGCUGAUAACUGCCACAUCCACGCAACCUGCUCCAACAUGGAAGGGUCCUUCAACUGUUCGUGUAAUCCAGGUUACCAGGGGAAUGGUACAUGGUGUACAGAACCAAAUGUACCUGGUGUACCAGUGCUAUGGAUCAUCGUGGGUGUUGUGGCAGGUGUCGUUGCCAUCGGUGCAGUUGGAGCGGUCGUUUUUUGCUGCAGAAGAAAGAAUAAAAACGUUCCCAAACAAAGAGACGUACCACUGAAAGACAUCGCUGAUCAGCCAGUGGCAGGUGGUGCUACAAAUGAGGCAUUUGAUCCAGAAAAUGACAGGGAUACAUCUGUAUUUGGGCUAUCAAACCUCACCACAGUUGAAGACGUACAGAGGUUUCUAAUCGACAAUGACCUCCAAGAGUGUGCAAGAGCAUUUAGGGAGAACGGCGUAGACGGAAAGGCACUGCGCCAUCUUGAUGACGCAAUGAUGAAGGACCUUGUUCCUAUGAUUGGACCCAGAGCACGACUUAAAGCUGUGCUACAGGAACUCAAAAGUUCAGAAAUACUACAGGCUUCGUCGGAUUCACCGAUCUCGACCCUGAACUUUUGGGAAAUCCCUCGGUCCAGUCUAAAGCUGGGCAGACGGCUGGGUAGGGGCCAGUUCGGGGAGGUUCGUCUCGGAGAAAUCCGUAACCGACGAGUGACAACCACUGUGGCUGUCAAGACUUUAAGAGACUCUGCAUCUGAUAGUGACAAGAAAGACCUGCUGGGUGAGCUGGAGAUCCUGGUGACUGUAGGUCGUCAUGACAACAUCAUCUCUCUGGUUGGAGCGUGCACAAAAGGGGGACCUUUGAUGAUAGUUGUUGAGUACGCCCCUAAUGGCUGCCUGAAGGCCUGGCUGAAGACUAACUCUGUUGAGGCCAACUCGGAGUACCAAAAUCAGCCUGUUCCGGUUCUUGACCUUGAACAGCUCAUCCAGUUCGGCAUCAAUGUAGCAGCUGGAAUGAGCCACCUUGCAGCCGUGCAGUGUGUCCACCGCGACCUUGCAGCAAGGAACAUCCUACUUGGAAAGAACCUGGUGGCCAAGGUGUCUGAUUUUGGACUGUCCAGGGACAUUUAUGAAAGUGAAGAAUACGUGAAGACUACACAGACCAAGCUCCCGUUGCGGUGGAUGGCCUAUGAGUCACUAUUCUACAAUGUGUACACAACUCAGAGUGACGUAUGGUCGUUUGGUGUUCUUCUGUGGGAGAUUAUGACCAUGGGGAGUCUGCCAUACGAAGGAAUGAAGGGUAAACAGAUGAUGGACAUGAUCAAAGAUGGCGGCCGGCUGGAGAAGCCGCUGUACUGCCCAGAUGAACUCUUCGCCUUGAUGGAAGACUGCUGGACGACUCUGCCGGAAGACAGGCCGACCUUCCCUCAACUGAAAACCAACCUGGACACGAUCAUUCAAGCACACAAGCCGUACGAUUCACUACUUCAUGAAUAAGAAUGAAGUCGAAACCAAGAAACCAUGCUGCGGUCAACACUUGUGUGGUCAACAGAUGUAUUUGCUUGGAUGUCAACUUUCACAUCUAGUUUAUAUUCCUUCGAAGUUUGAAUAUUUUAUCAUACAUAACAGGAGUAACAU